AUGGAUCUUAAUUGGUGUAUUAUCUGUGACAAUCGUGUAGACGAUGUAUUGAAUGAAUCUUCUCUUUACUGUUCUGAAUCUUGUAAACUUAAAGAUCAAAUGACGAGUAUCACAAAUCAAAUCUACCUUAACCAACAACAAAAGAAGCUCACGGUCAAGCCUACGGUCAUUCCUGCAAAGACUAAACGACCUGUUGCACCUUCUACUUCUUACCCCUGGGUACCUCUUUACCGUCGUCGCCGAGGUGUUGUUGUCUCUAAACGCUGUCAACCUAUUGUUGCAAGUUCGCCUACUACUGUUAAUGCUUUGUUCACAUACAACCACAAAGUAUCUGCUUAA